GCAUUUGUCCCCUCCCUCUCUCUCUCUCUACCUUUCUCUGCUCCUCCACUACGGCCAUCGCGGUGCCACCAGCGGCGGAGCACUAGACGCGUCAGCCUUUUCCGGCGAUUCGGAUCCACAUCCCCAUUGCCGACGGUAUCGUCGCUCUCGUUCCGAUCGCUUAUUGCGCUGCCGGCGAUGUUACCGUACGCGACGCUGGGGGAGGCGGAGGCGGCGCUGGGGCGGAGUCUGACCUUCGCCGAGGACAUCUGGUUCCGCUACACCGCACGGAUGCCCGACUACCUCUUAUUUUACCACAACAUCAUCUUCCUCUUCGUCAUCUUCUCCCUCGCGCCGCUCCCACUCGCCCUCAUCGAACUCGGCUUCCCUGCCUCCGUCUCCUCUUUCAAGAUCCAGCCCAAGAUCCGCCUCCCGCCGACCUCCUUCUUCCAGUGCUAUAAGGACGUCAUGCGGGUGUUCCUCCUCGUCGUCGGCCCGCUUCAACUCUCCUCCUACCCCACCAUCAAGUUUGUGGGGAUAAGGACUGGGCUUCCCCUUCCGUCACUGUGGGAAGUGGCUUUGCAACUCUUGGUUUACUUCGUGGUGGAGGACUAUGGCAACUACUGGAUUCACCGACUAAUGCACUGCAAAUGGGGGUACGAGAAGAUACACCGUGUCCACCAUGAAUUCACAGCGCCUAUUGGCUUUGCAGCACCCUAUGCUCAUUGGGCGGAGGUGCUGCUCCUUGGGAUCCCCUCCUUUGCAGGGCCCGCUAUGGUUCCUUGCCACAUGAUCACCUUCUGGCUUUGGAUUGCCCUCCGUCAGCUUGAAGCGAUUGAGACCCACAGCGGAUAUGACUUCCCUUGGAUACCAACCAAAUUUAUUCCCUUCUAUGGAGGAGCAGAGUACCAUGAUUACCAUCACUAUGUAGGAGAGCAUAGCCAAAGCAAUUUCGCUUCUGUAUUUACCUACUGUGACUAUAUUUAUGGCACAGAUAAGGGAUACAGAUAUCACAAGGCACUGCUAGCAAAGUUGAAGGAGCAGCCAAGGAACGGCGACAAAAUUGGGACCAACGGCUUCAAGGACGGUGGAAAAUCCGAUUAGGCACAGGUCUCUUGCAUGAUGCUGACCUAUCUGUUCCUUUCAAGUUUCUACCCCAUCAGCUCUCACUUCAUUUAGCAACUAAUCAUAUAAAGUGGGAUUCAAGAACUCGGAGAAUGGCUAGCCAAUUUAUAGGUAGUGUUCUUUGUGAAGACCUACUGUGUCUCUUUCGUUUGUGAUGUUCUUGGAACUGGAUGACCUUUUUGUUGCUAUAUCAUCUACAUAAUUCCAGUGAGGCCAUAACUUUGCUUC